AUGGUGCACCCAGCCGACAUCCCAGACGAACCUCCGCCUGCCUACGAGGCCAUCGCUGCAGAGACAGGCUCAUCCACUGCCGCCCAGCAUCUCGAUGGCCCAAAUCCAGCCGCCGCCCCCGCCGCUCCUUCAAUCGCUCCGCAGAGGACCGGCGCCAGCACCAACCCGUUCCUCAGCAUAGCAGAAGGCGGCACAGCUUCCUCGCCUUCUGCAUCGUCGAACCCCCUCUCAAGAUCCUCUCAGACCUCUCCGCCGGCUACGGCCGCCUCUCCGGUGCCCGAGCUGCCUCCCCGCCGGUACAACAGCGCCACCGGGAGCACCACUAGCGCUCUCUCCCCUCACGCGACCGGUUCCGGCGCCGAUCUCGGUCGUGUACCCUCAAACGGCUCCUCCCUUUACACUACUACCAGUGCCAACGGUCGCGCUUCCACCGAUGUAGCAAGGCCAGGCUCGGUUUCGGCAGCUGCGCAUCGGCCGGCGGAACCAACGAGUCCUGGAUCUCUCGCCUCCAGCUCCCGCCCUGCGAGCUUCGUGAGUCCGAACGGUAGCGCCUACCAGCCUCCGCCCGGCAGACCGCCGCCGUCUGGUCCACCAGCUGCCUCCUCUCCGACAUCUCCUCAAUCCGCCUCCAGGCCGCCAGCGCGACCUCAGCAGAACCAGUAUCGUCCAACGACUGCUCCAACGCCCGGCCAGCCCCUGCUCCGGAAUGGCAAGCUGCUCGUCUACCCGAAAAGCUGGACGGGGUGCCACAAAUGUGGUGACACUGGGUACAAGCACGGCGACCCGACUCAUCCGUGCAGAAAGUGCUGGGACAAGUACGGCAAGACCUUCAGCGGCGCUCUGAGCUACUCGGUCGGCCUCAAUGAUCCGACCUUCAAGCUGCAGAAACCGCUGCCCAUCGUCCAUGCCCCUGCCGUGCCGCACCAUACCUACUCCUCCGGAUUCGGGCCACCGGUCGGUGGCGGCUGGCCAUCGAGACCGAGUCACGGCUACGUUCCGGGAGGGUAUCCGGGCGCAACGGGAGGAGGUCCUUGGAGUCCACCGCCUCACCAGCCGCCUUAUGGCUACCCAAGUGGGCCCUACAGCGCUCCACCCCGGCCGCCGCCACCUCAGCAACCAGCAGUGCAACGGUCGGAUGCCGAGACGGAAGCUUCGAGGAUGCCAGAUGCCCCGCCGACGUACACAGACGCCAGCAACGUCGGCGAGCACGAACGGCUGCCCGCCCAGUAUGUCCCGCCAGCAGCACCGCCUCCGGGAGCCGGACCAGCCCCGAUGCACUCGCCACCUCCCCACGGGCCUCCCGGCGGCUAUCCACAGAGCCCGCCAGGCGCAGGUCCAGGCUACGGGUACGGAUACGGUCCGCAUCCGCCCCAGCACCAGGGCAUGGGGCGGCCGGUGUACGUCAACCAUUCCGGGCGCCGGCCACCGCCAGGGGCGCUCGUGGUCAUGCCGGGAGACCCGAGGAUCGGUGGACGGCUCUGCUUCGAGUGCGGCGGGCGUGGCAUGACUGAAAGCUUCUGGUUUGGCGACGAGACAUGCUUCCGAUGUCGAGGCAGCGGCAGGAUCCUGUGA